UCCCCUCUCCCUCCCCUCUUCCUUUCUCCCUCCCCUCCCGGACUCUAAUUCGCGACUCCCCUCGCUCGCUCGGCACAACGCGGAGUGAGCGACAGGAGGAGAGCGCGGGCAGUGGAGAGAGUGACAGAGACUAGAAGCAGGGGAGAGACAGGGGAGAGACAGGGGAAAGGCAGGGAGGGGAGACGCAGAGAUCGAAUUAAACUCGAGAGCGGCACCAGCAGGAGAUCGUAAUCUCACCGCGUCAUCUCACCUCGUCAUAUCCCAGGCUGUCGUCUCCCUCUGGAAGUCAUGCUCUAUUCGCUGCUCGCCUCGUGGUGUCCGCCGCUGCUGCUGCUGCUCCUGGCGUCUGGGGUCCGGGUUCGAGCUCAGGACCCACUGGGUUCACCAUGCCCCGAGGGAUACACCUGGGACAGCGAGCUUGACCAGUGCAGAGACAUAGACGAGUGCCUGACGAUCACCGACGCGUGCAAGGGCGGCCUGCGCUGCGUCAACAACUUCGGGGGCUACCUCUGCCUGCCACACUCCGCCACGCUCAUCUUCACGGUGGGCACCGAGGAAGGCGGCGCCGCCCAGGACGGGCACAGGGGGACACAGCCCCCCGCGGCACCCCCGCGAACCCAGGGGACCUCCACCGGGCCUCCUUCGGUUCUUCGUCCCCCCGCGGCGCUGCCCGCGCUGGAGCGGUUGGCAUUCAGCGCUGGGGAGCUGGUCGAGCCGCCCCCCGGUCCCCCGGCCCCCCGACCCCAGGGCCCUUACUCGGACCCCCCGGUGAGGGCGCCCCACGUGGUCUGCUCGCCGGGGUACGAGGGGGACUCUGCCGGGCGCUGUGUGGACGUGGACGAGUGUGCCCGUGGCUCGCACCGCUGCCGCCCCGGACAGCGGUGCGUGAACGAGGCCGGCAGCCACAGCUGCCGCUGCCCGGAUGGCUUCACCCUGCUGGGCGCGCAGUGCGUGGACGUGGAUGAGUGUCGCUUGGGCCUCUGCUCCCACCAGUGCCUCAACUCGCCCGGCUCGUUCCGCUGCGCAUGCAGCAUCGGGUUCAGCCUUGCGGCCGACAACCGCACCUGCGCAGAUCUGGACGAGUGCGAGGUGGAGCGCCCCUGCUCGCAAAACUGCCUUAACCUCUACGGCUCCUUCCUGUGCCGCUGUGACAGCGGCUUCGAGCUGGACGGGGACCAGAGGUCAUGCCGAGACGUGGACGAGUGCGCGUUCUCGCAGUACCUGUGCCAGUUCCGCUGUGAGAACCACGCGGGCAGCUACGCCUGCUCGUGCCCGCAUGGCUACCGCCUGCAGAGCGACAUGCGCAGCUGCCGCGACGUGGAUGAGUGCGAGGAGGGCAGCCACGGGUGCCCCGAGGGCGCGAGCUGCUUCAACGUGCAGGGCAGCCACCGCUGCCUCCCGCGUCUCACCUGCAGUGCGCCCUACACGCUCAUCGGGGACAACCGCUGCGUGUGCCCCGGCGAGAUCCCGGCGUGCCGCGAGGAGCCGUACAUCGUGCUGCACAAGGCGAUGCAGAUGCAGGCCGGCCGCACCGCUCCCUCCGACGUCUUCCAGAUGCAGGCGACGGCGCAGUACCCGGGCGCCUUCUACACCUUCCGCAUCGCCGCCGGCGACGACGCGGGCCACUUCCUCAUGCGGCAAAUCGGCUCUGCGAGCGCGAUGCUGGUGCUGACUCGCCCGGUGACGGGGCCCCGCGACCUCGUGCUGGACCUCGAGAUGUUGACCAUCAACCCGGCGGCCGGCACGCGCGGCAGCUCCAUCAUUCGCCUGAGCAUCUUCGUCACCGAGCACCCCUUCUGAUCCCCCCCUCCCUCCCUCUUUCCCUCCCUCUCCCUUAACUCUCUCACUCUCGCUCGACAGUCACCGAGCACCACUUCUGAUCCCCAUCUCUGUGUCUCUCCCUAUCUCCCUUAUCUCUAACUCUCAUGACACAGCUCUCUCGCGAACGUAUUGCUCAGUUGCCGACCUCUCUUUAACUCUUCCUUAGCUCUCUCAUUUUAAAGUCAGCGAGCACCCAAGGGAGACUUUUUUCACUCUCCCUUGGCUCUCUCUCACGUUACAUCUCCAUUAUGAUCUAAAAGCUCAAUGUCACUCUCCCUCUCCCCACCCCUCUCCAAUCCCUCCUUAUGUCUUCAAUGUCGUCAUCAGCCAUGAUCAAUCCACUGCUGGGUGAAGCCCUUCCCAAGUCGUUGCGUCAGCCCUCACUACCUGCCUUCUCUCCUCAAUCUCUCUCUCUCGCGUCCCCUCUCUCUGCUGCUCCCCCAUGCUCUUCCUCGGCGGUGGUUGUGGACACGGUGUUGUCUGAGUGAGACGCUUCGUCCCCAGCGCAACGCGAUGACUCGUCACGCGCGCGCGUGUGUUUAUAUCGACCCGAGUUCGAUUCCCGCUCACGGCCACCUACACCAGUGACGAUUAUCUGAACCGGUUCUGGGCCUCACCUACGUCGACUCAGUCUAAAAUAAGUACCCGGUGCGGUGUGUAAGCAUAUCGCCCACGAGGGAGACAAAGGCGGCCGGGCGCAGUGCUGGCCACCCACCCCCUCGUGUCGCUGUGCUAUAUGGGGGGGGGGGGGUCUUUGUCCUUAGAUCGAAUAUUGAGUGGACGAUUCAAUUGUAGACAGAACCAUGAAACCAGAAAUCCCCCUCGCGUCGUUCCCCCCAUUCCAGAAUAACCAUAAAAAGUGCAGUUUGAGGCCCCAGUCAACAUUCGCUCUGUGGGAGGUCGCUCAUUCCACUCAUGCUGCCCAACGUGGCCUGGAGCCCCCCCAGCAGUCCGUGCAGUGGACUCCCUUGCCCAGGUUCAAAGUCCCCGGCUCAAGGCUUUCCUUUGCUCAUGCGCCCAUGGCUGACCGCCUCUUCUUCCUCCGCGAAAUAAGCAGACGCCCGCUGAUCCGUUGCCAGCGGCUCGAGCCACGCGGCCCGCCACGCGGCCCGCCUCGCGACGCUGCGUAAACCCCUCGCGGUGCUGAGCGUGAGCCGUCUGAGGAUAAAGCGGACAGCACCUUGCGUCGCCUCGCCUCCUCUCGCCAGACCCGUCGUUCGUCUUCUCGCUCUCUUUCGCUGUCGUUACAAAGCCCCCGCCUCUAACUUAAACGUUAACCGUUUUGUGUCUGUUCGUUUCUCUGUACAUUGCGUGAUUUUCAUUUCUUAGGAACUCGCUAAAACACACACAAAGUGAAAUGUUAAGCGUUGCCCGCGUUUCAAUUAGCCCCGUCGCGGUAGCGUGUGAACGGUUGUAAUUAUUAUUGGCGCAUUGUUGUCGUUGUUGAUGAUGGUAGCUCCACAAUUGUAGACACAGACGCCGGCCAUCCUGGUUCCACGAGCAGUGACUACCAACGUGGUCGCCUUGGCUUGGGGUUUCCACCUCCGAGCUACAAAAAAUUGGGGACGAAUCAUGGGAAGAAGAUGAAACAUAUCCCAUUACUGCAUCACGGAAUCGUGGAGAACUACAUGGGAAUGCGUGGCCUUGAGUGGUGGAGUAGUAUUAUUGUUAUACAACCGACAAAAGCCCGGAUUUUAAAUGUCAACACUAUAUGAACUCACUCUGUUAUCUCUACUGAAGCCCUCUCGUCGCAGCGAGCAGAUCUCGAUAUCGGCAUGGGUCUCAACACAUCGCUGCCAUCGUGACCACGAACACAACAAUAGGUCUACGGCGCCUGAAUGGGGUUCAAGUAUUUUUUUUAUCUGUACUUCUCACGUGUUGUUCAUAACCAGUGCACGUUUAUAAUAAACCUAAUUAAAACCCUAAA